UUAAAAUGUUAAACAAAAACAAGACCGCCCCUGUAAUAAUCAGUCAGUGAUCGUGGGACUGCUCGCAAGCUGUAAUCAAUCCCCAGACUGGCAACGAGCGUGAUUGGAACGUUUUGCUCAAAUGCUAUCCCCGGGAAUCUUUGUCUUUGUUCUGUUGACAUUGACGUUGGCAUGUGCCUCGUCUCGGGGCGACAGUCUCCGCGAACUGCGAAAGCUGAUGAGGCAGCAGGAUGCGGACUCCGUUCAGCAGUUCGAUCAGGACAUAAACGAGUGGGCCCGGAACCUGGCAGGAUUUGGACUGCAGAUGGCCGAGUUUGUUGAGGGGUGUCGCCAGCCCGAAAGUCAUUGCCAGAAGCGACUAGUCCUGAGGCAGCUUAGGAGCCUCCGGCGCGGGUACACGGACUUCAGGGCCCGUCUCGAGGCCCUCGAGGUUUAUUACUUUGGCAAAGUAAGUGAUACGCAAAUGAUGGAGUCCUCUCUGCAGAUGUGUAAGGAUGUUCUUCAUCAGUACGAUGAGACCUUCACGUUGCUAAAUAAUGAAGUUCAACAACUUGUGGAUCAGUAG